AUGGUGCAGGAAGGGGACGGGGAGCUCCCAGUGCAACACUUUCUUAAUGAGGAAAAGCUUCCUGCUGACCAGCAGCUCUGGAACCUUGAGAGGAACCCCAGUCUGGACCAAGAGGAGCCAGAACCUCCACAGAUUAAAGAGGAGGAGGAGCACUGCAUCGGUCUGGAAGUAGAGCAGCUUGUACUGAAGCAGGAGGAUCAAGAUAACCUUUUGUUGAAUCCUACUUUCAAGGAAAGUGAUCACAGUGAACCAGAACCAAGUAACCACCAGCUCCUCUCCCACAGCUCAGCUCAGAGCCAAGAUCUCAACGGAGGCCAGCAUGGAAACUCAAAAUCAGUUAGUAAUGCAGAGGAGGCAUCAGAAAAGGGACAUCAUGUCAUCACAAGAGCAAAAGGGAGCACAAGUCCCAGUAACCUUGCAUGUAGCACUACCAUGUCAAAGAUUGUGCCGAAUAUCUGUAAGAGUAAAAAGGUUCUCCAGUGUGACACAUGUGGAAAAGUCUUUAAGUGGAAGUCAGACUUAAAUAGACAUCUGAAGGUGCACACAGAUGAGAGGCCACAUCUUUGCAAAACCUGUGGAAAGAGAUUUUGUUACAAGUCAUCACUAGGAAAACAUUUGAGUGUCCACACAGGGGAGAAACUGUAUUCUUGCGAAAGGUGUGGGAGAAGUUUUAGCUUGAGAACUAGCCUGCAGGGACACGAGAGAACGCACACUGGUGAGAGACCUUUUUCUUGCAAAACUUGUGGGAAAAGUUUUAGUGCGAGACAAACCCUGCAGGAUCACGAGAGAACGCACACGGGGGAGAAACCUUUUUCAUGCAAAAGUUGUGGGAAAAGUUUUAGUGCGAGACAAACCCUGCAGGUCCACAAGAGAACACACACGAGUGAGAGACCUUUUUCUUGCAAAACUUGUGGGGCAAGAUUUAACACUAAAAGUAACGUGCAGGUCCACCAGAGAACACACACGGGCGAGAAGCCUUUUUCUUGCAAAACUUGUGGGAAAAGUUUUACACGUGGAUGUAGGUUGAAAGUUCACAUGAGAAGCCAUAAAAGUGAGGAGUCGUAUCCAUGUACAACUUGUGGUGAAAGAUUUGUUAUCAAAUCCCUUCUAACAAAACAUUUGAUGACCCACACAUAGCAAAACUGAUAUUUUUGUAAAAUGUUGUAAAGAUCUCUCACUUGCCAGUUUAUACAAAGUCCACAGGAGAAAACAUCCAGUUGAGAAGCCACUCCAUGGCAACAGGAGAGGGAUAAUAUUUGCUCAAGCAUUGUCAAAGAAGUUGUUACUUAGAUAUUUAUUUAUUAAUUAGUGAUACAACAGUUAGGGAAAACAACACUGAAAAUGUUUCCAGGAGACCAAACAAGAGAUGAACCUGGUUGUAGUUCAAUGCUUUAUGAAGUUCCAUCACCACUGACGAGGAGCAGACUUCAAUAACUUCACAAAGCAUUGAACUACAGCCAGGUUCAUCACUUACAUCUACACAAGAGUUAUUGUGUACAUUUGCAUUAGCUGCAUCUCUGCAACUGAAUGUGGAAAAUAUCCCAUUGAGGAGACAUCACAAUAUCUUUGAUGCAGUACAUGGUCAACAACAUUUGCUGAAGUACCCACGUUUCUGUUCUUCAUGUGACUGUCAUUGAUAUUUACAUCUGCAAAGGAAGUGAUGUUUUCACCCAUGUAUCUUUGUUUAUUAAUUUAUCAGCCAUUUAAACCAGAUGGUGCAGGAAGGGGACGGGGGUGAGAGAAAUUGAUUGGGUAAAGUAGCAGAUCCAGGAUAUUUUAUUAUCAGUGAAUGUUGAGAGAUGUUGUCAAUGUGUCAGGAAAGACUGUGGAUCAAGAUGUACAAAUCUGACAUAUUUGUGGUACAGAAAUUUAUAAGAACAAAGUAUGUGGUGCAGAAUAUCAGAUGACUUCCCUUUUCUUUUUCCUAUUACAAAAGAAGAAAAUAUGUUGUUAAUGUGUACACUGUCCUAAAUGACUCACUGUAAAUGUUUAUUCUUUUGUACUACGUGUAUUCAAUACUUCAGUGCAUUUGCAGUUCAUUAAAGUUUUUUGAAAUAUGAA